CAUGACUUGAGAGGGUGUCACUCAUGACCUGCAUAAAUAUGUAUCGGAAAACUAUGUAAGUGGACGUGCUGGCGACCUGCCUUGCAGGUCGUCCCCCAUGGCUGGCGCAGCGUCUCUUGGAAGCGACGCAGUGUCUGUCAAGGAUGACAACCAGCAAGGCAGGUGACCGCACAUUCAACAAACACGCACCAGGACCUCACGUGUCUUGUGUCUCUCUGAAUCAGCAAUACUCCCUUGCCCACCCCUACUACACACCGACCGUACAGAUCACACACACACACACGCAACACAACACAACACAGCCGCCACAGAAAAAGCCCCCACACAUUCACCCACACAUCGGGUGGCCACCACGUCCGCCACUGCUACCGCUACGGCAUCCCAUCAUAUGUCACACUCGUCCGACAGCACACUGACGGGUGUGCCUGGCUGGAAGAACCAACUGCACGGCCGGUUGGGCGUCUGGUAGUUGGGCGAGUUCUUGGCGUCAUCAUCACUGUCGUCAUGGCCCUCAAUCGGAUCGUCCUCGGCUGCUGCUGCUGCACAAUCCACACACAUACACAGGACAGCAGAUGCCGAUGUAUUUUUAGAAUCAGCGAGGCUGCGACUCACCCACCCUCCUGUUGCUUCGCCAUCUCAUCGGCCGUGCUCGGUGGCUCCAUCUUAAUAUCCUCCUCCUCUCCCUGACCGCCGGCGUCUUGUUCACCACAAUCGUCGCCUCCCGUGCCCUUGCCGGCGUCGGUCUCUGCCCUGGGUGGCGUCACAAGUGGGGGUGACAGGCUCUGUGCCGCGUGCCGCGUGGCCUGAGCCCAAUGGUUGGCGAUGGGCGGGUCGGGGGGGUCGCCCGGGGCUGGGUGGGGGACGUACAGGGGCAGGGCGGGAGAAGGCUACAGGCAGACAGGCAGGCAGAGGGAGAGAGAGAGGGAGUGCACCACUGUGUCUUGUUGUCGUCUUGUCGUUUACAUGUUGAUGUGUGACUAUGCCGUAGAUGAGAGUGAAGGGGCUCAUCAACGAAUGAACUGAACACACACCAUCGGAUGCAUGCUCACCUUCCUGUCUCUCUGCAUGUGCGCUGCUUUUUCCUUACCUCCUCUUGCGAGAAGCGACGAAGCAGCACCUGUCAGCUGCCGCAAAUCUGACACCCACACACCCACACAGGAUACCACAGGACUCCAUGGAUGCUGGAAGGCACUCCAGCGGUGCCGUGUGUCUCUCACGUACAUCUAGCGACCCACUUGCCGACUCCACCCGCCCUCCUGGCCUCCCCCAUGCCCGUCGGCAUCUCCUCAUCCGCACUCGUCCCCUCGCUCUCUAUGUCGAUGUCCGUCUGCGUCUCGGUCGCUUUCAGCACCGGCCGCCGGGGAGGCUCCACCGGCACUGGCGGAUCUCCAGCACUCUCACUACUCUCGCCCACCGCUUGCGCGCCCACCGGUGGCUCUGGAGGCGGCUCCUUGCUAUCAUGGGCUGUCGGCGCUUUGGCUUCUGAUUGUGUGUCUGCGUGUGGUGUCACGGGUGGGAGGGAGACGGGCGGGGAGUGCGGCAUGGGCGGGCUGGUGUGCUCGGGCGAGUGGGGGACGUUGGCGUCAUCGGGGAGAGAGGAGGGCGACGCCUCGGUGGAUGGAGGCGCGUGGUAGUCCCAGAUGGCGGCUCGGGUACUGAACGAGAGAAUGAAUGAGCCGAACACAUGGGUAGAGAGAUUUGGUGUGGUGUGUGAGUGGUAUGCUUACGUCUCAUUGUAUACGUAGCUCCUCGACUCGCCAUCCUCAGUGGUCUCGACAAUCUCGCGCCACUCGCCUUCAUCGAAUGAGGUCGACGGCUUGGUCACGUACGUCUUGCCCUGGGGGACACAAAAAGAUUCGCAACAGCAACAAAAGGCCACGCUCAUAUCAAGAAUAAGGCGGUCUUGAGCUGUUUCAGUGGCCUGCCCACCCCGCUAUUGAUCCAAAACACGUUUCCCUUCUUGUCUGCAUCGACACACACACACACACGCCAUCAGAGCGCAUUCAUGGGUCUCAGGUGUUCCAUGCCCAUCUGAUCUGAUCUGAUUCACCGUAGCAUUCCGAGAACUGCUCUCCCGGUCUUGUCCACGAGGCCUUGUCCUGUGAUGGGUUGAGAUAAUACGGCCGGCCCUCCUCAUCAUAACAUCUGAUCCACGUGUCCUCGGAAAACAUCCAAACACUGCUUCUUGCUCCACUUCACAGCGACGCGGGGAGAUCACAAGGCGUCUGCCAAAGUCUGCAUCGAAG